AUGUUCGAGCGCCUUCGAGAGGUGCGUCUUUCGGGGCUCUCCGCGUAUAUCCUACGCUUUAGUUACCACUACGCCAGAGUCUUGGGCGUAAUCUGCUUUGAGGUCUCGAAGAAAGGACCUAAGGAUGCCUUGGUGGGACGGAAGAACUUCAGGCUCAAGUGGUAUUCGCUUAUCCUACGGCUCGUCUGCUUUGCCGUGGUUUGCUGCUUCUGUGCCCCAUUCGUAAUGGCAAUCGAGGAUCCCAAUGAGCGGACACUGCAGUGCAUGCGACUGGUGUCCUGUCUCGUCUGCACCGCUUGCAUCCUGGUGCUGCAGAUAUUCCAAGAACACGAGGUACUCCGCAUGAUCAACAGCUUCCUCAGGGUGUUUCGACGAGUGCGUCAAAUGUCGACGAGAAGGAAGAACGGCUUCGGUGGCAAGCGGGAGUUUGUCUUACUCCUCUUCAAGGCGAUCUGCCUCAUUUACGAGCUCUUCUGCGAACUUCAUCAAAUACUGUUUGCUUCCAGUUUAGUGGUAACGUUGAUCGCUCUGUGCGACAUCAUCGUCGAAAUUGGUUCCCUAAUGAUCAUACACAUCGGUUUCGCGGGCUUCCUCAGCGUGGCGGCCCUUUACUCGGAGGUCAAUGGCUAUGUUCGCAUUGAGUUGCGACGUCAGCUGCGAUCCCUGGAACGUCCAGGCGGUGCUCCUGCCAGUCGUCGUCAGCUGAGGAAUGCCUGUUGCCGGCUGGAGGAGUGCGUGGCCGUCUACGAUGAGAUCGAACGUGUGGGCAGAUCAUUUCAUAUCCUGCUCCAGCUACCAGUACUCAUCAUUCUCAUGGCCAAGAUCUUCGCCACCACGGUGCUGUCCUACGAGGUGAUCAUACGUGUCGACCGGUAUCCCUGCCAGGCUGGCAUCUGGGGCUUGGUGCUUAAGAGUUUCGCUGAUGUGAUACUCUUAACCCUGGCUGUCCACGAAGCGGUCAGCAGCUCCAAAGUUAUUCGUAGAUUGAGUCUGGAGAAUUUUCCAGUCAGCGAUCAGAAGGAAUGGCAUGUAAAGUUGGAGAUGUUCUUGAGUCGCCUGAACUUCAACGAGUUUCGUGUGUGUCCAUUGGGCUUGUUUGAGGUCUCCAACGAGAUCAUUUUGGUAUUUUUGUCUAGCAUGAUCACCUAUUUUACCUAUGUGAUGCAGUAUGGAAUACAAACCCAUCGAUUAUAG